AUGGAAUCGAUUCCACUAGAAGAACGACAUAGAACUGUGAGAGAUCGAGAACGAAUUGAGGACCAAGAACCAAGUGAGGAUACCGAUAGCAUAACCGAAGCCCGUACACCCACGAUCGAUGUGCACAACAUUGCCGGAUUGAUCACGAUCCUAACGGUCAACAUUCAUCAGCUGGAGUCCUUGCUGCAAGUUGGUGCGGAAUUGGGCUUUAAAUUCUGGUUGAACAUCGUGCUCAUAUCCAUUUCUAUCGUGUGUGUGUACCCUUUGCUCGUUCUGCGAAUGCUGCAAGGUGAAGGUUACGCACCUUCGCCUCGACGCUACUGGGCCAGUUUUGUGUUGAUGGUGAUCAUUUUUACAAUCAACCUAACGUUGCAGAUUUUCAACGAUUUGGAGGCUCAAUGCACAGUGCUUUUGAAUCAGGCAUUACCACCGAUCGAACCACAUUCUAGUUUGAACUGUUCCGUCUGA